AUGCAGGACUGGAUUCGCGCAUUUCCCCGUCCACGUCUCGGCCGUGUUGUGAAACCGCGCAGUGCGGGCAACAGCCCGUCUGCUGCCAUCCGUCGACGAACUACCGUGGGUCAAAGUGCCAUGUACAGCGUGCCCUCGCAGUACCAACAGUCAUCGUUGGAGGCAACCUACCUGGCGUCGGCCGCCCAGCAGUCUCGACCCAUCAGCUGGCAUCCGUCAUCAGUGAGGUCCCGUACGUUCUCAAACCCAACCUGGACGCCCGAGGAUCCCACGGGAAGCUUGGCCACCGAGGGCAUGCUGGAUACUCAGAUGCAUGGAUUGCCCACCGACCCCGUCAGCACAUAUCCGCUCUCUGCUGGCCCCGAUUUUCAAACGGGCUACUUCUCCGCGUAUACAGGCUUCGAGGAGCCCUUGCCCGUGCAACAGCAAACCUCCGACUCCAUGGGCUGGGACGAUGCUCACCUCGGCGAGCAACAUCCCCCCACCGAGACCACUUGUCCGAGUUAUGCCAGCGUCCCAUCUCCUGGCGAGAUCAGCGGACCUCCCACCCCAGAUUUCCUUCCCAUUCAGCAGUUUGACGACGAGCCGGCCUUGAACUCAACGCUGAUCAGCCAACCGGAGGAGGAAGAGCUUGUGGGCAUGGGUCUCUACAGCCAGCCCAGCACUGCUCAGAACUCCCUGCAGCAGGGGCUCACUGGCAAGGGACUCAAGCUUGAGGAGACUUUCUCACCAUCAGAGGAUGAAGAUGAGGACGCCGAUGCGGAUGCGGAUGCGGAUGCGGAUGCGGACGGCGAGUCUGACGAGGAUUCGAGUGACUCUCGCUCCAUGCCUCCUCCUCCUCCUCCUCCUUCACAGCCGACUAUCUCUUCACCGCCUCCUCCCGCGUCCCACUCUCCAUGGUCGGGCCCCAAGCAGACAUCCAAGCAGGCCCUCAAUCUCCUGCACAAGUCCUUUUUCUUUGAUAACGACGAUUCCGACCAACCCACCAUGGCUGUAACUCAGCCUUUCACCACCUUCACUCAGCCCUGCAUGACCUACGGCCACGGAUGGAUUUAA